AUGAAUACCUUCGUCAAAGUGUUCGUCGUGCUGGCUGUAGCCGUAGCUCUAGCUAAGAGCGAAGAAGCCAAAAAAGAAACCAAAGUCGUCGAGAAACGAUCAGAUAAAUCUGAUCUGACUCCAGCGGCCACCGGACGAUCGUUCUCGGGCGGUUACAACAGUUACCCGACUGGCUACAGCAGCGGAUACAACAGCGGUUACAACAGCUACCCGUCCACCUACAGUGGAGGCUACAGCAGUUACCCAUCGUACAGCAGCUAUCCAUCAUCCGCAUACACCGGCGGCUACUCUUCCGGCUACGGAAACGGCUACGGAAGCGGCUACGGAAACGGUUACAACAGCGGCUACAGCAAGUACCCGAGCAGUGGUUACGGUAACAACCAGUACUACGGUGGAUACGAUCAGGGAUACAACCAGGGCUACAACAAAUACCCAUCGGCUUACUCGUACAGUAACAGCUACAACUACCCAGGAUCGUACAGCUCCGGUUAUGGUCACAACAACUACGACAACGACAACUACGGCGCCCAUGGUUACACCGGUUACAGCGGUUAUAACAAGGGAUACAGCUCAUACCCACAAUCCACUGGCUACGGUUACAACAAAUGGUAA